AUGGCGCUGUCUUCCAUUUCAAGAAGGAAAUAUUUGGCUGCUUUAUUAUUCUUGGAUCUGAUAUUGCAAACCUGCAAUGGGUUUUAUCUCCCUGGAAGUUACAUGAAUACAUACUCAAAUGGGGGCGAAAUAUAUGCUAAAGUGAAUUCCUUGACCUCUAUUGAAACUGAGCUUCCUUUCAGCUAUUACAGUCUUCCUUACUGCGAGCCUCAAGGAGGUGUUAAAAAAAGUGCUGAGAAUCUUGGAGAACUGCUCAUGGGAGAUCAGAUUGAUAAUUCCCCGUACCGUUUCCGGAUGAAUGUUAAUGAGUCCAUUUACCUCUGCACUACUCCUCCAUUGAGUGAGAAUCAGGUAAAGCUUUUGAAGCAGAGAACUCAUGAUCUGUAUCAAGUGAACAUGAUAUUGGACAAUCUACCAGUUAUGAGAUUUACCAACCAAAAUGGAGUUAAAAUUCAGUGGACUGGGUUUCCUGUUGGAUACACUCCACCGGGCAGUAAUGAUGAUUACAUCAUCAAUCAUCUCAAAUUCAAGGUUUUUAUUCACGAAUAUGAAGGGGCUGGCGUGGAGAUAAUUGGAACUGGGGAAGAAGGCUUGGGUGUCAUUUCAGAAGCUGAUAAGAAGAAGGCUUCCGGCUAUGAAAUUGUAGGUUUUGAGGUUGUUCCUUGCAGUGUAAAAUAUAACCCAGAAAAGAUGACAAAACUCCACAUCUACGACAAUAUUACAACUGUAAGCUGUCCACAGGAGCUUGAAAAUUCUCAGAUUAUAAGGGAGCAAGAGAGAGUAUCAUUUACAUAUGAGGUCGAGUUUUUGAAAAGCAAUGUUAGAUGGCCAUCUCGAUGGGAUGCUUAUCUGAAGAUGGAAGGUGCACGUGUGCACUGGUUCUCAAUUCUUAAUUCAUUGAUGGUGAUUUUCUUCUUGGCUGGAAUUGUUUUUGUCAUCUUUUUGAGAACUGUGAGAAGGGAUUUGGCGAGGUACGAGGAGUUGGACAAGGAAGCUCAGGCACAGAUGAAUGAGGAGCUUUCUGGAUGGAAACUUGUGGUUGGUGAUGUCUUUAGAGAACCAAAUCAUUCAAAGCUACUUUGUGUGAUGGUUGCGGAUGGAGUUCAGAUUACUGGGAUGGCAGUUGUGACUAUUAUUUUUGCAGCUCUUGGAUUCAUGUCACCAGCUUCACGAGGUAUGCUGUUAACAGGGAUGAUAUUGCUUUAUCUUUUCUUGGGAAUUGCAGCUGGUUAUGUUGGUGUGCGCAUGUGGAGGACUAUCAAAGGGUCAUCUGAAGGCUGGAGAUCGAUUGCUUGGUCUACAGCAUGCUUCUUUCCUGGAAUUGUUUUUGUUAUUUUGACUGUGUUGAAUUUCAUCCUUUGGGGUAGCAAGAGUACUGGUGCUAUUCCCAUAUCUUUAUAUUUUGUGCUCUUGUCUCUCUGGUUCUGCAUUUCAGUGCCACUUACCCUCUUGGGAGGACUCUUAGGCACCCGAGCCGAGCCUAUUGAAUACCCUGUCCGUACUAACCAGAUCCCUAGAGAGAUUCCUCCACACAAAUAUCCAUCAUGGCUUCUUGUUCUUGGUGCUGGAACUCUUCCAUUUGGAACCCUCUUUAUUGAGCUUUUCUUCAUUCUAUCUAGCAUCUGGCUUGGAAGGUUCUAUUACGUCUUUGGUUUCCUGCUUGUUGUCUUCACGUUGUUGGUUAUCGUCUGUGCUGAAGUUUCUGUUGUCCUCACUUACAUGCAUCUUUGUGUUGAGGAUUGGAUGUGGUGGUGGAAAGCAUUCUAUGCAUCAGGUUCAGUUGCCUUCUUCGUGUUCUUGUACUCUGUCAAUUAUCUGAUUUUCGACCUCCGAAGUUUAAGCGGUCCUGUUUCAGCAAUGCUUUAUCUUGGCUACUCACUGAUAAUGGCAAUUGCAAUCAUGCUUUCUACCGGUACCAUCGGUUUCCUUACGUCAUUCUACUUUGUCCAUUACCUGUUCUCAUCAGUGAAGAUAGAUUGA